CUGCGGCGGCGUGUAGGCCUCCUGUGGAAGAGAGAGCGGAAGUUACGAAAUAGUCUUAUAUACUUAGCAGGCGGAAGAGGCGGGGCGAUCUCGGUGGAGAGUUUCCAGAAAUGGAGGAGUCCACUGGACUAUUGAGAAUCUGAAUUAUUCUGUCAUAAUUUCCGGCGCAGUUCUUUACUGUUCAUCAAGUUUUGGGAUAUAAGAGCAGCGAAGGUUCCGGGUGAGGUUGUGCUUAAGACUUCCACUUCUCAUUGUACUUGGGUGAAGUGGUUAGAGCUCAAAGGGAAGGCUGGAGUCAAUUUAACGCAAGUAUCUGGGAACGAUUUCGCGCUGUGCAAACCACUCGACUUGUAGUUCCUUUCGUGAGAACGGACUCGCCGUGACUGACAGCUGCCGGAAGUGAGGCUGCGUGGAAUGACGGCUGCUGCCACAAUGGCGGUAGCUGCGGCGGAGCUGGUGUUGCGGACCGGAGCCUCAGAUAUGGAGGAAGAGGAGGGCCCGCUGGGGGAUGGUCCUCGUCUUCAGGAGCCAUUGCAACUUGGAGAGUUGGACAUCACCUCUGAUGAAUUUAUCAUGGAUGAAGUGGAUGUUCACAUUCAGGCAAAUCUGGAGGAUGAUUUAGUAAAGGAAGCUCUUAAAACGGGUGUGGAUCUCCGUCACUAUUCAAAGCAGGUAGAGCUGGAACUACAGCAGAUUGAGCAGAAAUCCAUUCGGGAUUAUAUCCAAGAGAGUGAGAACAUAGCUUCUCUGCACAACCAGAUCACAGCCUGUGAUGCUGUCCUUGAGCGCAUGGAGCAGAUGUUGGGAGCUUUUCAGAGUGACCUCAGCUCCAUCAGCUCUGAGAUCCGGACGCUGCAGGAACAGUCAGGAGCCAUGAACAUUCGGCUACGAAACCGCCAGGCAGUUCGGGGGAAACUUGGGGAGCUUGUUGAUGGUCUGGUAGUGCCCUCUGCUCUGGUCACGGCAAUUCUGGAGGCACCAGUGACAGAGCCCAGAUUCCUGGAACAGCUGCAGGAACUGGAUGCCAAAGCAGCUGCAGUCCGAGAGCAGGAAGCUAGAGGUACAGCGGCCUGUGCAGAUGUCAGAGGUGUGCUCGACCGACUCCGGGUCAAGGCAGUGACGAAGAUCCGAGAGUUCAUCCUUCAGAAGAUAUAUUCCUUCAGGAAACCAAUGACCAACUAUCAGAUCCCCCAGACGGCCCUGCUGAAGUACAGGUUCUUCUAUCAGUUCCUGCUGGGCAAUGAAAGAGCAACAGCAAAGGAGAUCCGGGAUGAAUAUGUGGAGACACUGAGCAAGAUCUACCUCUCUUAUUACCGCUCCUACCUGGGGCGGCUAAUGAAGGUGCAGUAUGAGGAAGUUGCUGAGAAGGAUGAUCUAAUGGGAGUGGAAGAUACAGCAAAGAAAGGAUUCUUUUCGAAGCCGUCACUGCGAAGCAGAAAUACCAUCUUCACCCUGGGGACCCGUGGCUCUGUCAUCUCCCCCACUGAGCUGGAGGCCCCCAUCCUGGUACCCCACACUGCCCAGCGGGGAGAACAGAGGUAUCCGUUUGAGGCCCUCUUUCGCAGCCAGCACUAUGCCCUCCUAGACAAUUCCUGCCGGGAAUAUCUUUUCAUCUGUGAAUUCUUUGUUGUGUCUGGCCCGGCUGCGCAUGACCUCUUUCAUGCUGUCAUGGGCCGUACGCUCAGCAUGACCCUGAAGCACCUGGAGUCCUAUCUCGCUGACUGCUAUGAUGCCAUUGCUGUUUUUCUCUGUAUCCACAUUGUCCUCCGGUUUCGCAACAUUGCAGCAAAGAGGGAUGUUCCUGCCCUGGACAGGUACUGGGAACAGGUGCUUGCCUUGCUGUGGCCACGGUUUGAGCUGAUACUGGAGAUGAAUGUCCAGAGUGUCCGAAGCACUGACCCUCAGCGCCUUGGGGGCCUGGAUACUCGGCCCCACUAUAUUACGCGCCGAUACGCAGAAUUUUCCUCUGCUCUCGUCAGCAUCAAUCAGACAAUUCCCAACGAGCGGACCAUGCAGCUGCUUGGGCAGCUCCAGGUGGAAGUGGAGAAUUUUGUCCUCCGAGUGGCAGCUGAGUUCUCCUCAAGGAAGGAGCAGCUUGUGUUUCUGAUCAACAACUAUGACAUGAUGUUGGGUGUGCUGAUGGAGCGUGCUGCGGAUGACAGCAAAGAGGUUGAGAGUUUCCAGCAGCUGCUCAAUGCUCGGACACAGGAAUUCAUUGAAGAGUUACUGUCUCCCCCUUUUGGGGGUCUGGUGGCAUUUGUGAAGGAGGCAGAGGCUUUGAUUGAGCGUGGACAGGCUGAGCGACUUCGAGGGGAAGAAGCCCGGGUUACUCAGCUGAUCCGUGGCUUUGGUAGUUCCUGGAAAUCAUCGGUGGAGUCUCUGAGUCAGGAUGUAAUGCGGAGUUUCACUAACUUCAGAAAUGGAACUAGUAUCAUCCAGGGAGCAUUGACCCAGCUGAUCCAGCUUUAUCAUCGUUUCCACCGGGUGCUGUCUCAGCCCCAGCUCCGAGCUCUCCCUGCCCGGGCUGAGCUUAUCAACAUUCACCACCUUAUGGUGGAGCUCAAGAAGCACAAGCCCAACUUCUGAUGUGCCGGACCCUGGGACUCACGAGCCCUCUCCAUGGACUCCUAUACUCUAUCCCAUACCCUUCUUCACCUGGCGUGCCCCUCCAGUUUUCCUCUUGCCUCCCAGGCAUGGACUUGUGGCAUGCCUCACCCUGCCUUCAUUCCAGGACCGUGCCUCAUCAGGGUAGGCUGGGUCCCUUUAGCUUUCUGAAUCUCCCAGGGUCUUCAGGGUUCCCAGGACCACCUUUCCCUGGGCAUCCAGAGUGACAUUUACCAUUCUCCAAUUUUGUCUUUUGUCACCCCCUUUACCCCUUCCCCCUAAAACACCUAAAAAAACCAAGGCUCUCUCAAUCUCUGGUUCAUUCAACUCUUGUCAGCAUGUCCUUAGGUGUGAAGCCUCAACUCUUGGAAUUAAUUGCUGGUAAGGGGAGACUGCCUCCAAGUCAUUGAUUUAUCUUUUUUUUUCCUCCCAUGCAAAGUGGUCUCCUUUCUGUAGUUUUUUGACCUAAGAUCUCAGCAACUUGAACACUAACCAGUUCCCCUCCUGGCUUGGGAGAUACUCCAAGGUCAGUCUGCAGAGAACAAUAAAUAUUGAUAUGACACAA